AUGUUGGCAACUCAACAAAACUCUUUUAAAAGAGAAAAUAACUGCUUACAAAAAGAAGCAAAAGCAACCCUCUCAAUUCGGCCAACAAACUUGCCAAGUGCCAAACCCUUAUAUCGUUAUCGUUCUUUUACUUAUCCCCAACAUGGUUUCAAAAUAGAAAAAGGUCAAUUGAUUCUCUCCCAAGGUCGAGGAGAGAGAGAAUUAAGAAUUAAUAUUCGUUUGCAUACUCAAAAGAAAAGACCAUUGCCCAAAGAAGUUGAAACUUGUUCCCUUUUCUUAAAAAAUGAAGUUAAGCAAUUCCCUAAAACUGGUAAAGAAGUGGGAAUAGAUAUGGGUUUGGAUGUCUUUUGUGUUCUUAACAAUGGAGAAAAAGUUCCUAUUCCUCAAUUCUAUCGAACAGUUGAACCUCAACUGAAUAAACUAAACAAAAUUGGAAGUAGAAAACAACAUAAAAGGAAUAAAGAAGAUAAAACUAAACCCAGCAAAAGAUAUCUAAAACACAAAGCAAGAAUUAGUAAGUUCCACGAAAAGAUUGCCAACAAAAGAAAUGAUUUUGUUUACAAAUUAGCAGUAAUAGUCGGCAAGCAGGUAGUUGAAAUAAAUCCUAAAAAUACUUCUAAAACUUGCUUCAAUUGUAAAACAAUUAAAGGGGAUUUAGAAUUAAAAGAUAGAAUAUUUGUUUGUGUUUGUGGAUAUGAAGCAGAUAGAGAUAUUAAUGCUAGUCGUAAUAUUUUGUAUAAAGCACAAACAAUGGAGCAGGAACUGUCUUCGUUAGACGAGAACAUGAUUAGCGAUAAUCUCUUCGUUAAAACCUCAGCGAGGAAGCUCCUACUUUUUUAA